AUGCAAUCGGACUCUAGUAUUCAACAAUCAACUUCCGGCAGAAACAUGAGAAAAUCUGCUGUAAACCAACGAUUGUUUAUGAAGAAAUUGAGUAAUGAUUCUCUCAGUGAUGAUGAAUAUCCAGAUGAUAGAAAUGAUAAUAAUACAAGUCAUAACAUUGGUAUGGAUGGCACUAGUGACUAUCAUGAUACAGAAUAUAAUGUGUGGCCUCCAAUAGUUGAAAAACACCCUGAAUUUUGUUGGUCACAUCAAUUUCUUCACGGUCGCAGUGAUUGGAUCCUCAAUAUCCCACCAAUGCCACCGGAUCUAACCUACACUCAAAUAUUAGCCCGUGCCAAACUACCAGUGUACAUUGAUCAGAAAUACUUUCUCACAUUAGGGGCUGUGUAUAAUCUUCCCGAUGACAAAUCUCCCAUAAUGAAAAUAGAUUUACAGAAGCUCAGACAAGACUUAUCAUCCUUACACAAUCAAAUGGGCAAGGUUAAUAUUUCCAAAUUGCCAGAACCCCAUAAAACAUUCCAUCCUGAUAGAAUUUCUCCCAAUGCUGGGCAUUGGGAUGACUUAUGUAAAGAAAUGAAGGAAUUUCAAGAUCUAGUGUUAGAUGAACAUAGAGAGAAGAGGCGAAAGUACAAAAUCAUAAUAAAUUCUUGCCAAAAAUAUGUGGAAUCUAAAAUGUUUAGUGUAUCCACAGGUGUAUUGGAUGAUAAACGUGCUUCCGCAGUUUACAAACAAGUUUGCACAUUAAUGGAAGUAUUUUGGUCCAAAAUAGAGCGUAUUGCUUGGGAAAGUAUAAAAUCUGAACUAAAUUCACAGCUAAUUGAACAGAAGCGAAAGAGGUUGAACAAAUUCGUGAAAGAUGCAAUGAAGUUUGCUACAACCGAUCGUACCUCUAAAACUGAAGGCAAUAGGUUAUCUCCAACUGCAUCAGCUACUGCCACCGAAUUCCAAUAUGAAAAUGACUCAGAUAAAGAAUUUAAAACAGAUUCAGAAGAAUUCACCGAUGCUGAUAAACAAUUUCAAUUACAACAAGAAAAAGAUGGGGAAUAUGAUCGUGAUAUGAGUACCGAUUCUGAAUCCGAAAGGAAACUUGAACUAGAUAUUCUGCGCGACGAAGCCGAAAUGGAUAUCAACGAGUUAAUUGGCAAAUAUCGCAUACUAGAUCAGAGUUACAAAGAAAACGGCGAUGAUAAUCCACUUGAUGAUAGGGGUAAGAGGUCUAGAUCGUCAGUCGAUUCAUCUAAUGAAUCCUAUAGUGAAUCUUACACACCAUUGUCAGAACCUCAACUAAAUGUUUCCAAUGGUUCAGCUUGUAUAAAACAGGAAAUUAGAGAAGUAGAUCCUGACGAGUUUGAUAUUAAUGAUAAAGAAUUUCAGGAGCAGCGUAGAAUAGAUGAAGUGUUAGAUCGCGAUAUGGAUACGGACUCUGAAAGUGAACGUAAGAAUGAAAUAGAUAUGUUACAUGGUGAAGCUGAGAUGGAUCUCAAUGAGCUUAUUAAAAGAUAUAAACAAAUGGAAAGAUCUAAUAGCAUAUCUGACAUUGAUUCUGAGAUGCAAAUGACGAAUUCUGAGGGCGAUAACUCAGUUUAUGAGUCACAAGAAUCCGGUAAUGAAUCCGAGGUUUCUGAUGAGUUUAAGGAUAAAAAUGAAAAUGUUAAGUUGCAGCAGCAGGAAGAUAAAGAAUUGGAUAGCACUAUGAAUAUUGAUUCUGUCAAUACGUACAAAACCGAAUCCGACCAAUUGCAAGACGAUGAUGUAAUCAAUAUUAAUCAAUUAGCGGAGAAAUGCAAAGUCUUUAAAAAUGGUGAAAAGAGAUCUCGUUCACUCUUACAAUCAGAUACAAAAAAUCCUUAUUGUGAUCAUAUUCAAAAUACAGUACAAAAAAUCGAACCAAAGUUGAAUAUGGAUGAUAAUGAAUUGAUUCCAGUACCACAUCUAUUAAGGGCUACAUUGCGUAGUUAUCAGCACCAGGGCCUUACUUGGUUGGCAAAGUUGCACGAAAAGGGAACUAACGGCAUUCUUGCCGAUGAAAUGGGCCUGGGUAAAACGUUACAAACAAUAUCAUUACUUGCGCAUUUGGCCUGCCACUUAGGGAAAUGGGGACCACACUUGAUAAUCGUACCAAAUUCGUUGCUUAUAAAUUGGGAAAUGGAAUUCAAGAAGUUUUGUCCUGGAUUUAAGGUUUUGGUUUAUUAUGGUUCCGCUUCUGAACGCGCAAAAAAACGCGUUGGCUGGAACAAACCUUAUGUAUUCAAUGUAUGCAUUGCGAGUUAUGCCACUGUUGUGCAAGAUGCACAUAUUUUGAAGCGUAAAAAUUGGCAAUAUAUGGUACUGGAUGAGGCACAAAAUAUUAAAAAUUUUGAAUCCAAGCGCUGGUCUACACUCUUGACAUUUAAUUCUGAGUACCGAAUAUUACUUACAGGUACCCCAUUGCAAAAUUCUAUACAAGAACUGUGGUCAUUGAUGCACUUUAUAUUGCCUGAUGUAUUCUCCAGUCAUUCCGAGUUCAAAGAGUGGUUUGGUGAUCCUAUAACAGCGGCCAUUGAAGCAGAACAGAUAGCAGGAUCAGUUGAUUCAAGUGGCAAACCCAAUGAGCUAGUAACCAAACUUCACUGUGUACUUAGGCCAUACCUGCUUAGACGGUUGAAGAAAGAUGUGGAGAAACAAAUGCCGUCAAAAUACGAACAUGUGAUCAAAUGCACAUUGACACGCCGCCAAAGAACUUUAUAUGAUGAAUUCAUGUCAUGCGCUUCAACAUCAGAUACGCUUAAAACUGGCAGCUAUCACGGGGUGUUGAAUAUCAUGAUGCAGUUAAGGAAGAUUUGUAACCAUCCAGAUCAGCUCAACCCUAGAUUAGUUGAAUCACCACUUAACGUGGGUAGCAGCUGCACUGUGGCCACUGACAUACCUAACAUGUUACACAUCUAUAACGAGUCUUGUGGCCAAUUGAAAAAUUGGUCAAUUGACGGUCAUUUCGGUAGUAGUUGCAUUGGAAAUUACACUAGUCUAUCUAAUGAUAUAAAUAUCAUUGGUAAUAGAGUUGCAGGUUACACUACUUUUAGACAAAUAAAAAAUAAUUACGACAAACUUUGGUGCAGAUUUCCAUCUUAUUCACAAAUUUAUGUGAGUGAGAUUUAUCAAGAUCAUAAUAUCUGCCGUCUGUCACUAGAUAACUAUGGCAUAUAUUGUGGUGCAGAAAAGCAUGGCAUUUCUAGUGAUUGCGUUAAUUUGUCUAACAAUUUGUAUAUGAAUCACGACAGCAUGAAUUUUCCUUGCACCAUAAAUCACUCAUCAGAUUUGUUAAGAGAUAUUGACAAAUUAAUUUCGUUUGACAGUUUCCUCGGGGAAAAUAUAAUAAACCCCCAAGUUCCAAAGUUUUUACAGGUUUCUAAUCCAUUAGUGCAUUUUGAAACCUACAAAAAUUACCUCUUCCGAUGUAACUACAAUGCGGUUGUAGACACCGAUCAAUUUACAAUUCCCUAUUAUUCUGGAAGUGGAGGGAUAUUAAAACGCCAAUCUAUUAUUAAUAAAAUGGCACGUCAUUUGCACUUUAUUAAAUCAUUGGAUAAUCCGCUGGAAUUUUUGCACCAUAGCCAAUCUCUAAUAUUACCCCCAAAAUCAGCUCUACAUGAUGACUGCGGCAAGUUUCACGUCUUGGGAGAUCUAUUAGAGAAACUCAAGAAGGAAAACCAUAGGUGUUUAUUGUACACCCAAUUUUCUAAGAUGUUGGACAUUUUGGAAAGUUGGAUAUGUACCAGGGGUUAUAUCUACGUUAGAUUAGAUGGCAAAACUAAGGUGGAUCAGAGGCAGAGAAUAGUUACAAGAUUUAACGAAGAUCCAAAGAUUUUUUUGUUCAUAUCAUCCACUAGGGCUGGGGGUAUUGGUUUAAAUCUUACGGGGGCUGAUACGGUCAUCUUUUACGAUACCGAUUGGAAUCCGGCUAUGGACCGUCAGGCUAUGGAUCGCUGCCACCGCAUAGGCCAGACAAAGGAUGUAAAUGUUUACCGUCUAGUUUCUGAAUAUACAGUGGAGGAGAAUAUUUGGCGCAAGCAACUCAUCAAACGCAAGUUGGACGAUGUUGUGGUGGAUCAGGGCAAAUUUGGAGGUGAAAUAUGGUUUAACAACGCUACCACACUUAAGGAUAUGAUUGUAUCCCAUAAAAUAGAGGGAGAUGAUGAGGAACUUUAUGGCAAGCGUAUUCUGCACGAAUCAGAAACACUCCCCGAUGCUCCUACUAGGGCCUUGAAACUUAUGGCAAUGGUGGAGGAAGAGGAUGAUAAAAUUGUUACUAGUAAAAAAGAUGAUAAAGAUGAGUUUAAAGAGCAUUUUAGUGCUGAUACAUUUGCCACAAUUCCUGCACUAGUGACUUUAUGUGUCAAAUUCCUUAAAAGAUACAAUACCCCUAACCUAUCUCACCUGGUUAACGAAUUCCGGAUUAAGAUCGAUGCAGAAGCUGCUAUGUAA